CCCGUUAAACAUCGAACACGUUAAUUUUCUCUCUGCCGCUCAGACAAAGCAAACGACCGUUUCUCUUCUCGAAAACCCAUUCGAUGUUUAACAUACGUAAUAGCUACGGCUCCGGACCUAUUAAACAUCGAUCAUCUCCCUAUCCGAAGCUACAAUCUACUUCCCGAACUAAACUAAAAACCAAAGCGGAGACACCUGGCGUACAAGUACAAAACAGACGCGGAACCCGAACCACAAGCUCGUCGGAUAUUUGAUAUCGAGUUCAGUGGAGAAAGAAUCAAGGAACUCGGUUUGAUUUUUGAUUUUUGACUUCUGGCCAGGCGGUGAAUGUCAAAAGAUGUUUUUUUUUUUUUUUKGCUUUCGUUUGCCGGUUAAAGGUCCUGCUGCUACUUGAGCUGUUCUCACCUCUGAUCAGAAACCCUAAAUCAUUGUCUGUUUAAUAUAAAAUGUCUACGUUGAAUGAAUUUUCACUUUAGUUAAGCUGUGAAAUUUCUGAUUUUUAUUGAGUAUAAAUUCGAGAGUUUAAACUGUCUGAGCAGUCUGGGUAUGAGUUUGGAUCAUGAUUGUUGCUCGAAAGGCAUUCAUUUUUGGAAUUUGUUUUGAAGAUCACAACUUUAUGUUUGAGUUGCUUGCUUGUUUUGAUUAAUUUGGUGUUCGUUUAGUUCCUAGAGUUUGAAAUAGGGUUUGAAUAUGGAGAUCAAAUUUGGAUGGAAGCCAGGAUCAGUAAUGUAGGCUUUGAUCCGUGUAGAUAGUGGGAUCUGAGGAGCUACUUGCCAUUGUUUUAGCUCUUCUCAUCGGUUCUUCAGUUUCUAUUUUAUGUUUCUUUUGCCAGUGGUGGAAUCCAACCAUGGCUCAGAGCAACUGGGAAGCGGAUAAGAUGCUUGAUGUUUAUAUUUACGAUUAUUUAUUAAAAAGAAAUCUGCAUGCUUCUGCAAAGGCUUUCAUGGCUGAAGGAAAGGUUGCUGCAGAUCCAGUAGCAAUUGAUGCACCUGGAGGAUUUCUAUUUGAAUGGUGGUCUGUCUUUUGGGAUAUCUUUAUUGCGAGGACGAAUGAGAAACAUUCCGAGGUUGCUGCAGCAUAUAUAGAGGCACAACAAAUGAAGGCAAGAGAGCACCAACAACAGCUCCAAAUGCAGCAGUUGCAACUCAUGCAGCAAAGGCAUGCUCAAUUACAACGAAGGGAUGGUCCUACUCUUGGUGGUCCAAUAAAUUCUAUGAACUCUGAAGGAAUGCUGGGUCAGUCUACGGCCACUGUUUUGGCUGCAAAAAUGUAUGAAGAACGUAUGAAACAUCCCCACUCGAUGGAUUCAGAGACAUCCCCACAAUUUAUUGAUGCUAGCAGGAUGGCCCUUUUGAAAUCGGCAACUAAUCAUGCAGGUCCCUUGGUCCAAGGUAAUUCUGGAGGAGUGUCUGCUGCAUUGCAGCAAAUGCAGGCACGGACUCAACAGACCACUGACAUUAAAGGUGAAGUUAACUUGGGUGUGGCUCAAAGAUCUCUGCCUAUGGAUCCUUCAUCAAUGUAUGGACAUGGAAUAAUGCAAUCAAAAUCUGGACUAGCUAAUUCGGGAUUGAGUCAAGGUGUCAGUGGGCUUCCUUUAAAGGGUUGGCCUCUAACAGGUAUUGACCAAUUACGACCAGCUUUAGGAACACAAGUACAGAAACCUUUUCUACAGACCCCAAGCCAGUUUCAACUUUUGACCCCACAACAACAACAGCAGCUCCUAGCCCAGGCUCAGGCACAAGGCAACAUUGGUAGUUCCCCUAGCUAUGGAGACAUGGAUCCCCGGAGAUUAAGGGUUUUGCCUAGGGGAAACUUAAACACAAAAGAGGGUCAACCUGCAGGAACUGAUGGAUCUAUAGGUUCUCCUAUUCAAUCAACUUCACCAAAUGUUAGAGUACCCUCCCAGGAUCAAGCAGAGUAUCUGAUGAAGAUGAAGAUGCCUCAGAUGCAACAGUCCUCUCAACAACAGCAGGACCAGCUCCAACAGCAACAAUUACAACAGAAUAAUAGAAAAAGGAAACAGCCUACUUCUUCUGGGGCUGCUAAUAGUACUGGCACGGGAAACACAGUUGGCCCUUCCCCCAACUCACAGCCCUCAACCCCAUCAACUCACACACCUGGCGAUGCAGUGGCUAUGACCAGUGGAUUACAGCAUGUUAACAAUAUGCAGAAAAGCUUGAUGAUGUAUGGUCCAGAUGGGACAGCUGGUCUUGCAUCUUCUUCAAAUCAGCUGGAAGAUAUGGAACAUUUUGGAGAUGUAGGUUCCUUGGAUGAUAAUGUGGAAUCAUUUCUCUCGCAUGAUGAUGGAGAUGGGAGGGACUUAUUUAGCACAAUAAAACGAAGUCCUACUGACCACAAUACAGAGUCCAAGGGUUUUACUUUCAGUGAAGUUGGUUGUAUUCGGACAAGCAACAGUAAAGUUGUCUGUUGUCAUUUCUCAUCAGAUGGGAAACUAUUGGCUAGUGCUGGCCAUGAGAAGAAGGCUGUUCUUUGGAACAUGGAUACACUGCAGACAGAGAGCACUCCAGAAGAACAUACACUUAUAAUUACAGAUAUUCGUUUUAGACCGAAUUCAACUCACCUAGCAACAUGCUCAUUCGAUCGAACUGUGCGCCUAUGGAAUGCAGCAGAACCAAGCUACUGUUUACAUGCUUACACUGGACACAGUUCACAUGUGAUGUCACUAGAUUUCCACCCUAAGAAGACUGAUCUUUUCUGCUCUUGCGAUGGCAAUAAUGAAAUUCGCUUUUGGAAUAUCAGUCAAUAUUUAUGCACUCGUGUCUCCAAGGGAGGUACAGCACAAGUGAGAUUUCAACCAAGAAUUGGGCAACUAUUGGCAGCUGCAGCAGAUAACAUUGUGUCUAUCUUUGAUGUUGAGACUGACAGGCAGAUAAAUGCAUUUCAGGGGCAUUCCAAGGAAGUACAUUCUGUUUGCUGGGAUGCAAAUGGAGAUCUUUUGGCAUCUGUCAGCCAAGAUUCCGUAAGGGUGUGGUCAGUAAAUACAGGGGAGUGCUUGCAUGAGCUUAAUUCCAAUGCAAACAAGUUCCAUUCCUGUGUUUUUCAUCCAACUUAUCAUUCUCUCUUGGUGAUUGGGGGUUAUCAGUCACUGGAGUUGUGGAACAUGGCUGAGAACAAGAGCAUGACAAUUCCAGCACAUGAAGGUGUUAUUGCUGCUUUGGCACAGUCACCGGUAACAGGGAUGGUUGCUUCAGCAAGCCACGACAAAUCCGUCAAGCUUUGGAAAUAAGUUGGGUGUUUGGAUCUCUCCCUCAGAAACAGCUAGCGUUGCCCCAAUCUAGGGGAUCCCAAAAUUGUGAAAUCGUGUCUUUUUUUUUCUUUUUACCUUCUUUUUAUGCCCCCCUCCUCUCUCUCUCUCUCAUUCUUCUUUUAGCCUUUUAAAUUAAAUUUAAUAAAUUGGGUGGGGGUUUCUAUACUUUUUUGGGACGGUACUUGGGGGUCAAGAGGUGUAUGUGCAGCAGCAAAGUGUGGGUGCUAAUAUUAUUUGAACAGAAAUAUAGGAAAAAUUAAGAAAGGAAAAAUUGCACACUUAAGCCAAAUAGCCUCCUACAUUUGAUAAGCCAAAAGCCCUUCUACGUUUUUACA